AAGCGCGCACAGAAAACACCGCGGGGGCUGGCUUGAUCGUGAAUUUUCCAAGCGCGGCUGGUUUGACCGCAGUCAGCGCGUUCACAAACUCUACACAACAGCGCAUGAUUGAGCAAAGCUCUUCGAGAAUCGGACACGCGCCCAGCGAACUCUUUCCUCUUUCAACCAUUACUGCAUGAACACCCGCAUUGAAACAGUUAAGAAGUAAAUCCCGGUUGUCGGUUCACAGACUAUAACAUGUAACGGAACACUCGCCGGGUUUUGAAACACGAGAGAAAAAGAGCGAUCAAUCUCCUCCUCCACCGUUAUUCGGUGUGUAAACAGGACAGUCAACGCUGCUGAGGCAGGAGAUCCGUGGCUCUAAUGCUGCCCUGACUAGACUGUUUAAACGCGCGUUCUUGUUUUGGGCCCAGGUUUAAUAGCGGGACAAGUGCACGGCAAUGAUGUUGCAAGUGUUGGCUUGCGGUGUCGUGCUCUUCCCCGGUCUCUUCUUCACUUUUAGGAAAGUGCUUUCGUCCAUUUUCAAGCAGUGGACAGAUGCCGACGUCGUGCUGGUCAGCGAGAGACUGGUGUCAUCCAUUCAUGCUGUCAUGGCGGUGCCAGUAGGCAUUAUUGUGGUGUAUUCCUGCAGUGGGAACGUGAUUACAGACCGACACUGGCUGGCCACCCAUUUUGUCAUUUGGUACGGUGUGCCCUACAUGUCAUACGACAUCUUCGCCAUGUACCUCAGCCAUUACUAUCGCUUCCGGGUCAAAGGUCACAAGGACUAUAAAAGCCACUCGCUGCAAACCAUCAACUCAUUCGUGAGGAAAGAGUUCCUGCUGGUCCUUCAUCAUAUUGCACUGCUCACCAUUCUGCUUCCAGUGACUCUGUUCCUCAGGAAGGACCAGGGGGAUUAUUUCAUUGGCUGUCUUUUCCUCACUGAGCUCAGCACUCCCUUUGUUUCACUGGGCAAAAUCCUUAUUCAGCUGGGCAUGCAGGACUGCUGGCUGCACAAGGUUAAUGGCGGCGCAGUGCUUCUGAGCUUCUUCGUGUGCCGGAUCGCUCUCUUCCCGUUCAUGUACUGGAUGUACGGCUCCCACUACGGCAUCCCCCUCUACAGCGUUCCCUUCCACCUGCCGCUCUCCACCAACCUGGGCAACCUCUGCAUCCUGGCACCGCAGGUCUACUGGUUCGUCCUGCUUUGCUGUAAAGGCUACCGACUCUACAAGCGCGAACGGGAUGCAAAGAACCAGGUCUCUCCGCUGUCCUCACCCGAGCCGGUCAACGAUACCUCCAAGAAAGAUUAAUCUAAACCACGUCUGAAGGCUUCGAUAAGACAUUUUCCGAUUUUCAUUCCUGUUACUGUUUCACUGCAGUCCGUACCUCUCGGCUCAACUAUACACCAUUCCUCGUGCGCAUGGCUGUUACAGCGCUAGAAGUGUCUAAUGGGUCCGAUAUCGAGAUAUCCUUUUUGUGAUUGGAGGAUCUGUUACAGUCUUUAAAGGAUUACCUGUUACUUUUGUCAUUUAUCGAUAUGCUACCCUGUCUUAUGAGUGUCUGUAGUACCACAUAAUAUAUUAGCAUACAUUAUUUCAGCA